GACAGCUGCUGUACAAGGUCAAGCACAUGUAAGCACCGCGUAUAAAAAGGAACGUUGGGUAGUCUACUGUGUCCAGUUUGUAAUUCGUUUUGGAUUCAAUUCCUGAAUUGCGACGAACAAGAUGAUAAAGUUAGCUGUUUUCUUCGUCGUUGGUGUUAUCGCCAGACAGACGUGUGGCGAAGAACCUGAAGCUAUUAUAGGUGGCAACAACGCCAUAGAUGGCCAAUUCAAACAUCAAGUCUCUCUUGAAAUCGAAUUUUAUGGGGAGGUAUUCCAUAUGUGUGGGGGUAGUAUUAUUACACCGUUACAUAUCCUUACUGCAGCUCAUUGUGUUGAAAAUGAAGAUGAUAAUAAAAGUAUGAAAGUUGUAACCGGAACCAUCAGCCCGGCAUUAAAAGGUGAAAGACAUGAGAUUAAGUGUAUUCGUUUGCAUCCAGAAUACACUGGUCAGAAGAAAGACGGAUGGAAGCAUGACAUCGCUGUGAUUACUUUGAAAAAGCCGAUCCAAAUAAAUAAAUACCAAGCUCCGAUUCCUCUAGCAACUAAGGAUUACGCCACUGGUGAAUAUCGCGGUAUUAUCAGUGGAUGGGGAAAGACCAGUAUGAGUUCAGAUUCUUCGGAGAUACUUAAAUGGGUCGAAGUGAAUGUUUUGGAUAAGGAAAGUUGCUUAAAGAGCCACAAAUAUACACCCACUAAUCCAAAACAUAUAUGCACCUUGGAGAAGAUUGGGAAAGGCGCCUGUCAAGGUGACAGCGGCGGUCCUCUCAUGGUCAAUAACGAAGUUGCUGGUGUUGUCUCUUGGGUCGUGCCCUGCGCUAUGGGUAGAUCUGAUGUAUUCACUAAUGUCUUCUACUAUCUGGAUUUCAUCAAGGAGUGUCAACAGAUGUGUUAAUAAACCGAAUAAUCACAAUCGACCAGCAACCUAUAUUUCAGGCAUUUUCUAAAGUUUUCAGUUAUUGUGAUGUCGGCAUCAUCACUAUUAUCCUCCAUCGUGAGAUAAUAUAUAAAAACAUGAAAUAAAUAAUAAAAAAUA